UAACAAGGAUAAAAAUUCUCUUUGUUUCUGCUUGUUUUGUAGGGUGUACGGGAAACUAUUUUAUUCAAAAAUUCUAACGGAGGUCCCAGAAUAUUGUGACGUCAUUACGUCAUAUCGAGCCAGAAGCAAUAGAAACUGAUUGCCCAAAACGAAAAAAGAGAUGGGAACCAGAUCAUUCGACCAUGUCACGAAGAUAAAAUGCUUCAAACCUGACAUCAGUUGCCAGCUGCCUGUAUUUCAAUUACUUCUAACAACAAAAAUAAUGUAUUGAAUUCUCGAACGUAUCAUAUUCUAACGCGACAAUAAAAUGGCCAAACAUCGACGACUUGUAAACUUUCUCGUCACCGUGUUGGUGAUUUCAGUGAUUGAAUUAUCCACAUACCCCGUUCUCUCAUUGUGCCCUCAGGAGUCUGCAAGGUCGCAAUUUCCMGCUCGAAGCCAUGAUCGGCUGCUCCAGAAGUUUGACGAUACGAGUUCGGUAUCAUCCAAAGAUCAACGGCUGAGUCGUCGCGAAKUGUUUCAGAGCACUGCCUCCGUUGCAUUUGCAGCUAUGACGGCGACGACAGCAUCGGGCUUUCUGGUUGGUUUGCCGCCCGCGGCCAACGCUGCCGCUCCACCAUCGCCUUCCGAGUUGGAGCGACUCCGCAAGGGUCAUGCGCGUGUCCAAUACCUGCUCAAGAACUGGGACGAAGUUACCMAGGUCUGCAGAAAUAAUUCGGAUCAAGCCAUGAAGCAGGUUGUUCGCACCGACGGUGGAGAUAAAUGCGAGAAGACGCCUCUGAAUGUUCAGAUAUACAUGGGGUACAAGUCAACUGAAGAUCCAUUGUACAAAGCGGACAAAUUGAUGGUGCGGGCAGCACCACUGAUCAAGCCGGAAUUUGACGAGGCCGACUAUUUAGAAGUCGUCGAAAACUACAAGGAGAAGGCCGACAACACGGCCAUGAUGGCGUAUACCAGUUCAUGGGGAGAAGCAAAUCCCAACGGGGGAAAAGAUGCUGUUGACGAAUACCUUGAAAAAACCAGAUUGGAUGUGGUCUCAUCAGAGAAGUCUUUGCGACAAGUACUGAACUUCCUUGGACUGGAGCCCUUGCCACCCAGCAAGAAUCCCUAAGCCAAUUCCGAGGAAACCCUCGAUUGGUCGGAUGAGAAGUUCAACAAAGAAUGGAACAUACA